AUGAAAAUCAAUAAUAACUCGACUCUCUUCUUCUCCCUCCUCCUCUCUCUCCUCUGUUUAUCGUCGGCUCUAUCGAAUGAGAAGCCUCAGGUUUCGAGUGGCUCGACCAUAUUGUUCACGACGAUAGGGAAGCCUACUUUCGAAUUCGACAUCUACGUUCUCCCUACGAGCCGUCGUCCGCCGUCUCCUUCCGAUGAACACCGUUUGACAGACAGCAAAUCCAUUAAUUACAAUGGCCAUUUCGCUUCUCCUUCGCCGGCACUAACCCACCUUCAUCCCAACGGUUCUCAGAUCAACCCACAAGAUCCAAAUCUUUUGAAUCUCUUCUACGUCACCGAGAUAGACGGCACGCCCAGCUUACGCUACGGCGUCGUUCACGGAGAUAACUCUGGAACCAGUGCUCAGAUUCCGUUAUUGCCAGAGCAGAGUGUGGGUUCGAUGAAAGAUACUCCUGUUUUGACCAACGACUAUCUUCUUUACGUGUCCACACACGAGGAUCCGGGUAAGCCCAAGGUGAGUUGGGCCGCCGUCUACUCCACUGAGUUACGAACUGGAACGACUCGGCGGUUGACACCUCCUGAAAUCGCUGAUUUUUCACCUGCGGUGUCUCCGUCUGGGAAUUGGACAGCCGUGGCUUCGUACGGAGAGAAAGGCUGGAGUUUGGUAGCGAAAGAGCUUAGUUCUGAUAUUUACGUUUUUCUGACUCGGGAUGGGACUCAGCGAGUCAAGGUUGUCGAGCAAGGCGGGUGGCCGAGGUGGUUGGACGAGUCGACUCUGUAUUUCCACCGGAUGAGCGACGACGGAUGGAUCAGCGUGUACCGAGCGAUUCUACCGAAAACCGGACCGAUUUCCUUAAAAUCUGUGACGGUUCAACGAGUCACGCCACCUGGUAUUCACGCGUUCACACCAGCCACGUCACCAAACAACCACGACUUCAUCGCGGUGGCGACGAGGAGGCCCGGAACGGAAAUUCGCCAGGUGGAACUUUUCGACUUGAAGAAGAACGAGUUCGUCGAGCUGACUCGGCUCGUUUCGCCCACGAGUCACAACUUCAACCCGUUUCUUUCUCCUGACGCGUCCCGUGUGGGAUACCAUAGUUGCAGAGGCGACAGGUUAAUGGGACGAAACGCUCCUCGGAAUCUCCUUCAGAACAUCAAAACCACUUCCAAGGACCUCACUCUCUUCAGAUUCGACGGCGCGUUCCCGUCUCUCCCGCCGGAAGGUGACCGAUUCGCGUUCGUCUCUUUCACAGGCGUUUACGUGGUGAAACCAGACGGUUCUGGUCUUCGCCAAUUGCUCCCACAAAUGGGAUUUGGAACAGUUUGGGAUCCAAUUCGACAUGGAAUCGUGUACACGAGCUCAGGUCCCGCCUUAGUUCCAGGGAAAGCUCACAACCAAGUCGACAUCCUCGCCAUCAACGUCGAUGAUCCCAACCCGUCAACCGCCGUUAAAAAACUAACGACCAACGGCGAGAACAACGCCUUCCCGUGGCCAUCACCCGACGGAAAACGUAUCGUGUUCCGAUCUGAUCGAUCCGGUACCAAAAACCUCUACAUAAUGGACGCAGAGAAAGGCGAAGCCGGUGGUUUGUUCAGGCUGACGAACGGAAACUGGAACGACACGAUAGCCACCUGGUCUCCAGACGGUAAUUGGAUUGUUUUCGCAUCGAACCGGGAAUUUCCCGGUACGUUGUUGAUGGAUUUGUAUGUGGUUCACCCGGACGGAACCGGUUUAAGGAAGGUGUCGGAAGACUUGACCGGUGCUGUAUCGAUGCAUCCGAUGUUUAGUCCCGACAGUAAGACAAUAGUGUUCACUACUACUUACGCCGGGAUCUCCGCGGAGCCGAUCGGAAAUACGCAUUUUAACGUCCCGAGUAGUGAGAUCUUUACCGUGAAUUUGGACGGCUCUGAAUUGACGAGGCGCACGCAUAAUCCCGUGGAAGAUGGACCACCCUUGUGGUACCCCAUGAUCAAAGCUACUGGUGACGUGACCUGGCCCAAGAGGUUUGGGCCUAGCUGCUCUUUUGAAGAUUUCAAGUCGCAAAAUACGACAGUGAAAAUGAAUAAGCGGGCGAUGAUGUGUGUUCCUUCACAAUAG